AUGCCCCGCACUUAUGGCAAAGGGAAACAGACGCGACUUUCUUUCGCUCCACUGUCAUCUUCGCCGCCAGGUUCUGACAGGAGCACGAGAAGUCGGAAUGAUCGUCUAGCUACUCUACGAUAUGAUCAUCCCUACUUACCUUCCCUUCGUCGAAAUCCACUACAAAGGGGCAAGACCCUGACGCGCCGAGAGGAAUCAUCUACCCCGCCAAAGAAAGUCUUAUCAGAGGUGACGCCGUCCUCAGAGCCAGAACAAACCCCUCGGAGACCGAGAGAAGACGAGUCGCCAACACGAUCAACUGCCAAGGACGCAAUUACUGUUGACGAGAGCAGCGAUAGUACUCUGGAGAUUCAGCGCAGCGCGCGCAAAUAUAUGCGGUUACGAUCGGGAAAGCGGAAGAGGUCCCCCUCCUUACCAAAGUCCUCGAAGACUCCUGCGAAUGAACGUCAGGUUCUGGUCUCGGAUGAGAGUGAUGAGGACAUGGUUAUACAGCCUCGCCGAAGGUUAAGACGUGGCGCCGCCGACGCAAGGCCCAUUGUCGUCGAAGAAGAUUCUGAAGAUUCUGAUGAGCCUAUCCGCUCUUCACCAAUCAAGAGACGCAAGCCAAAUAUAAAUUCAGAUGCCCCCGAAACACCGCGGCGAAACUCAGACCAGGAGAGGUUAGAUCUCGAAGAGGAUCUAGAGGUCUUGCAGGACUCUGUUGUAAAGAAUACGCGGACCCGAGGACGUCUAGCCAAUUCGGCAAGAGCUCAACGGCAACGUCAUCUGGAAGCCCUAAGACGCCGAAGGGCUGGUGGGAAAGUGGAGGACGAAGCGGCACUAGAACCAGACGCAGACGCGGAGCACCCGGAUGAAGCAGACCCUGAUGAUGAGCCCGAGAGUGAAGCCGGAAGCCAAGUUCAUCAGCGGCAGUUUCGCCGCCAGGAAGAGAGCGAUGUCGAGUCAUCUAUUGCUGAGGACGAGGACCUCGACCAAUACGAGGACGAUUUCGUAUUGGAGGACGAUAAUGCCGAACUGGGAGUGCCAUCCAGUCUAGAAGAUUUGCCGUUUGAGUUUUCUCGGCAUGCCUACAAACAGCUGAAAGAAUACUUCCAAGACGCUGUUGAAUGGAUGGUAAAUAACAAGAUCAACCCUGCCUUCCCUCGUUCCGACCCGCUGUACGAAGUUGCAUUCAUGAAACUCGAAGACGAGGUCAAAGGACGCACUGGUUCUCAGCUGGUAUCUUCCGUCUGGAACGUCAAAUUUCGCCGAGCACUCCUGGCAAGACCUCAUGUCGAAAUAACUCUAUACCCGAUCACAGACAAUCAUCCCUGUGACGCGUGCAACAGGUCUAAGCAUCCUGCUUCGUUCGAUAUGAAGCUAUAUGGCAAGGCUUAUUCCUUGGAGACACUCGAGCCGUUGUCAGAUGACGAUAGCGACGAGGACGAUGAGGAAGAAGGCGCCGAAAGGGACAGAGACGGUUACAGCUUGCCAGAGGAGGACACGCGGUUCUACCUUGGACGCCAUUGCAAAAACAAAGCCUCGCUAGCGCACACUCUCACCCACUGGCGAUUUCACCUCAAUGAGUGGGUUGUCGACUACCUUGAACGCAUGGGUUACUUAGAGGACGACAAGGUUCUUGAGCGCAGCCAUUGGAGUCAUAAACAAAGGGCCAGGUAUGCUUCAGAGGUGAUGGGCUCAAUGGUCGACAGCGGAGAGGUCAAGAAGCUCUGGCGUGACUUCCAUAUUACCCUGAAAUCAGCGAGAGAGACGACCGUCUGUUGA